AUGGCUGAGAGACGACAGGGGGUGGUGACCGUGCGCUGGUACAGGUCUGCUUUGAAGCUGGAUGUCACCGACGACCACAUGACCGAGAAGAGGGGAGACAGGCACCGCUUGAUAAUAAGGCAAGUUCAGAUCCAAGACCUCGACAACUACACCUGCGAGGCCCUCAACAAUCUCGGCAAAUCAAGGCAGCACAUUGUUCUAUCAGGUGAGUGGUGUCGGCUCAACGGCAGUCUAUAUUGCUGUAGGUUUCACAUUUCCAAGUAA